AGGGACGGGCGGUCGGAGGGGCGGUGCUCGCCGUAUUUGCAUGAGAAAGCGCUCCUCCCGGGUUUUGGUGAAUUGGCGACCCGUGCGCAGUUCUGCCCGCGACCGGCGGCGGGUGACACGCCCGUCGGUGAACAGUGAGUCGGCGGCGUCGGCGCCGCCCGCGCGCCCCUCCGGUGACGCUCGAGUGUUGUUCGCGGCUCGACGGGAGCGGCGUCUGCCGGCCAGCCAGUCGACACUGCAUUGAGCUCGCCGCCGCUGUGGGGCUCGUGCCGGCCGCAUGGUGCCCCUGGUCGCCGCAACCGUCCGCUGGCAGCGCGCUAGUCGCCGGUAGUCGUCCGCAACCGUGCCCCAGUCGCCGGCACGCGGCGCCCUAGUCGUCGGAAGUUCUGCCUUGCGCCGGCGUCAUACCACGAGUGCCGUCGAUGCACGCAGAAAUGACGUCAAAAGAGGCCGAGUGCGCGCCGGAGCAGAUGGAGCCGGUCGACCUCAGCAUCAACAAGCUGGCCGCGGCCGGCCAUACCCGGCUGAAGGAGGCCGGCAAGCCCGCCGUCGUGCUAGACAUCCCGCACUUCGACUCCAGCGAACUGACUGUGAUAAAAACAGAGUCGCCGGUCAGCGACAAGUCGGGCAGCUCCUCGCCGUCCGGGUCGCCCCGCUCGCCGCGCUCUGACCUGAUGUCGGGCCGGUACGGCUCGCCGUUCGACUUCCACGCCUGCUUCCCCACCCUGCUGGCGCUGGAGAAGAUCCAGGGAUACAACCAUGCGCGGCUGCCGUCGUCAGUGAGCCUGGCCGGUGCCGGCGAUAUGCACCACAGCGUGUUCUCCAACCUGCCGCCGUCCGACUCGCAACCGUCUAGCAAGGCGACGGCCGAGGCGCGCCGGAAAAAGUCGCACCGCUGCGACUACGCCGGCUGCGGCAAGGUCUACACCAAGAGCUCCCACCUCAAGGCGCACAAGCGCACGCACACAGGGGAGAAACCCUACGAAUGCACCUGGGACGGCUGCAACUGGAAGUUUGCGCGGUCGGACGAGCUGACGCGGCACUACCGAAAGCACACGGGACAGAAGCCGUUCCGGUGUACCCAGUGUAACCGGUCAUUCUCGCGCUCGGACCAUUUGUCGCUUCACGCGCGGAGACAUGUGUGAUGCUAGUGACAUCUGUGGACGGACGACCGAACCCCGAGUGCUGCCGACGUGCGUGCGGGCGGCGCCACCGUGUGAGAGGACGCGCAGUGAUGGCCGCUCUGCGAGCGCAGAAGAACCGGGCUAGUCGCCGGAGGUUCACGGGAAAACGACGCUUUCCUGCCGCCGCCGCGCUCUUGACGUCAUUUGAUUUUUCAAGUGGUACAAAGGACCAGCUGUUUGGUGAGACACGGCCCAGUAGUUAACGUGAUGUUCCCCUCGAGGCCACGGAGGAACUCGGGGCCUCACUCAACACACAGCCGACGGCGCGCCGCAAACGUUUGUACACGACAUGGUAAAUAUGUACAUUACUAAUUUAUACACGCGCGUCGGUGGGCGCAUGUCAGGUGCUUAAAGCAUUCUUACAGGGUUGUGAACAUGUUGGUCUCAAGAUGAAUUCCGCGAAAAGUGGGCGCACAGCGGCCGGAGACUCGGGACGUACAGUGCGCUGCCCUUAGGUCGCUUGGCCCCGACACCUCACACCCGAGGCGCCGCUGUCUUUCGAACUGCCGAUGGGUGUGGCCGGGGCGACGCCUCGGCCUGGCCCCCGCGGCAGGAACGUGCCUUCACCUCCCGGCCGAUUUCGUCCGCGCGCCGCCUGGCCGGCGGAGGAGCCGUAAGCGUGAUCUGCACACUCCGCCGCGUCACGCGCACGUCGCCUUAAGUGGUACCUGAAGUGCGUGUAUUCCCCUGAACAACUUGAGACCAAUCUUGUGCCAAGUCAUAAUUGUUAUAUUUUUGUAUGCGUAGGUUGAAGAGUGCCUCGUUCAUAGGCCAACUUUGUACAUUCCAUAUUGUAUAGUGCAAAAUAUAUGAUAUAUAUUGUAUCAAGGUGCAUGACUCUGU